AUGCCGCCCGGUCCAUCCUUCAAUACCUUCGCGAAUUACAAAUUCUCCAUGGACGGAAGCAUCGUUGGCGAGUAUACGCAUGAAGCAGAACGCACGCCAGACUAUCUCUAUAACACCCCGGUCUACGUCAACACCUCCUUGGAUAAUGCAUACCACAACUUCAGCAUCAUUAUGGAUUCUACGAAACGCUCCGUCCUAAUCCUGUUUGACUACGCUGUCUACACUAUGAUCGGCGUAAAUAUCGUGAACCUAUCGGCAUCUGUGCCAAAUCAACCUACAUUUCCCUCCGAAGUAACCAAUAUGCCCUCUACGGGUACCACUGCUGGUAACACUUCCGGGACACUAUCGACAUCCCCCGAGGAUCAACCUACAGCGCCCCCAGAUGUAACAAAUAGGUCUCGAAUAUCCUCGUCUGUCGUUUCGUUUGUCGGCGGCGACGAACACUGGGUAUUCACAGCAAUGAGAGACCUGCGACCAUCACCCACAACCCUCUUCUUGUCCUCGACCCAAACGUGUCAGCUCUACCACGUAUGCCCCGCGAUGGGGGGCCAAGACUCUUUGAUGAUACAAUUAGAGAACUACGCCAGAUGA